CUUUAGGCUCAAGGUAGUCUAUCCACAUACCACGUACAGUACUGCGGGGAACACAGAUAAGACAUCGUCACACCAGCACUUUGCUGAAAUGGGCGAGCAUGCAGAGAGGGUGGUGCAUUUGGAAUUCAACUUCAGACAGGUUCUUAUCGAAGCGACAGGGAGAGAGUGACAUUGGACGGGACGUUGCUGAUAUUGCAUUAACGACAUUAAAUGUUAAUAAAAAAGAUUCAUUUUUUCUUAGCACAGUGUAGAUGGCAAUAGUGUUUUUAGCAAUUUGGGAACUCGUUUAUGUGUGGUGGCACAUAUUAAUAAUGACAUUCUUUGCGCAAAUUAGUCACCAAAAUGGAUGUAUUGUUGGAUAGAUUCAUUGGAUGUCACUGUCAGGAGUGCUGUAUAAGUAUGGUUAGCAAUACGAGGCAAUGAACAUUAUUGAACUGCUUGCCUCUCUGUCCUCUUAUAAGUAAUCCAGAGAAGUGCCUGGAUAUUCUAGUAACGUUUCAAACUAAUAAAAAAGCUUUGUUCAAACAAACUUGAAUUAAUGUAGGUCUCCAGCAGAACUAAGUUUUAGAAGACACCUUGGCAACAACAGCCCUGAGACACGGCGCCGAAAAAGUCCAGAGGCUUCACUCUUCAUGUUUUUAUCUGGACUGCGAGUCUAUUAAAAACCUUGGCAAGCUGCGAUGGAUACUGGCGGCGGAAAAGUGACAUCCCUCGUCGCAGGUAGCUUCGACAGCAGCAGCAGUGGAUGCACUGGUGAAAACGCGAAAGCGCCUAAACAUUUGUGGAGGCAGCAGAACCAAGCAGUGCUCUCUCCGCUCCACCACGCGCUCGAGGUACGGAAGAACAACCGGGUGAGACAAAGAGGAUUUUCGGACACCGAGAAAUACCUCAGCCCUAAGACCAUGGACCGGACUUAUGCAGUGGACACCGGGCACCGACCCUGUUUGAAGAAAUCGCGGAUGUCAUGGCCAUCCUCGUUCCAAGGACUUCGACGCUGGCGAUGCUUCAGCGUGAUUGGUAAUUACUUUGCCACUUGGUCAAUGAGCGACAUCACUAUCUUUGCAGGUUUUAACAGGAUCCCUAAGAGCUUUUCUGAGACGUUUUGUGGACACAGGCCCAGAUCUACAUUAGCUACUAUGCUUACUAAAGAAAAGCAAUUGUUUCUCUCGUAGCAAGUACCCUUGUGUUGCAGGGUAGUCAGCCACUAUAGUAACUUUAUAGCAGCUCAGUUACAUAGGUGGUUCUACUAUACUGAACAAAAAUAUA